GCGCGGCCGCCAUUACGUGGCCGCCCCCCAGGGGAGGAGCGCGGCGGCCGUUGAUGGCGGCCAUGAGGCGGCGGUUGCUGGCGGGGCUGGUGGUGCUGGAGGCGGCCGCGCUGGGCGGCGUCCUACUGCUCUACCGCGCCAUGGACAGCAGCCGAGAUUUCAGAUACACAAUGCAGAAGAGGUUUCCAUCAAUUCUUGAAGUUUAUUACAAAUCGAAUGAGUGGGCUGGAAUUCAUGGCAUAAAGGAGAAUGACCAAAUGGCAUGGUUAAGCAACAAAAACUAAAACCCUUUGUGCCUGAACUGUUUCUUCCUUUUGAUGAUGCUUUUCACAUCUCUGUUGUGGAGCCACCUGUCACGCUCUACUUCCCACUUGAUCUGUUUGGCAUCUGUAAGAGGGAAGAUGAGACGUGAGAAACUGAUGGAUACUUCUGUACAUUAUGUGGAAUAUGGAUAAAUCACGUAGAACUUUACACUUGACUACUUUAUCUAUAAAUGUUAAUAAAGUGCAAAUUGCUGGACUUGA